AGUGUCGGCCAUGUUGCUUAGGUUUGAGAAAUUCUCAGUUUUUGAUGAAAAUAAUCUUUAGGUGUGGCAUAUUAUUUAUGUGAUUGCGUGUUGAAAACCAAACUAAAAUCAUGUCUGCUACAUUAAAGCCUUAUUUAACGGCUGUGCGACACACAUUAACUUCAGCAAUGUGCUUGGAACACUUUUCUUCACAAGUUGUGGAGCGAUACAACAAACCAGAAGUUGAAGUCGGAACCAGCACCGAAUUAUUGUUAAAUCCUGUAAUUAUAUCCCGCAAUGCCAACGAGAAAGUGCUAAUCGAAUCCUCAGUCAACUCAAUAAGAAUUAGUAUCAUGAUAAAGCAAGCAGAUGAAAUUGAGAAGAUACUGUGUAAAAAGUUUAUGAGGUUCAUGAUGAUGAGGGCGGAAAACUUUAUAGUCCUGAGGAGGAAACCGGUCGACGGCUAUCACAUAAGCUUCCUUAUCACCAAUUUUCAUACAGAACAAAUGUAUAAGCACAAGUUAGUUGACUUCGUCAUAUAUUUUAUGGAAGAGAUUGACAAAGAAAUUAGUGAAAUGAAACUAGCUGUAAACGCUCGUGCUAGAAUUUGCUCAGAGGAAUUUUUGAAACGAUUUUAACUUUUUUUACUUUCAUGCACAAUAUUCAAAAUUUACUAUGCAUUUCGUUUUUGUACAUUUCGUAAAAUAUUUGUUAUAUAAGUGAUUCAACUGUUCAUUGUAUUUUCUUUAAAAUAUGAAACAGAUUAAUUGAUGAUUCCAUUUAUGUUAAGUAAAACAGUAUUCUUUAUUUAAUUUCUAAGUAAUCUUAAAUAAAUUGUUUAUACUAA